AUCCGCGGAGGCAGCCACGUCGCCGGGCGGAGCUUCCUCGCCUGCAUCCCGCCUCCCAGCCGCCUAUAAAAACCCCCCUCGGGGCGACGCGCAUCCCUGAGCCUCUUGUGCAACGAGCAUCUCUCUCCUUUUGCUCAGUCCUCGCAGCGCCAGCCUUUGAAAAGAAGCCUCCGGGAUAUUUAUUUCUGCUUCUCUCCAAAGCACCAUCUCUUUCACCAGGGAGCACUUCGGCGCGGCAGCCUCUCGCCGAGCCUGGAUGCAUGCUCGUGGGAACGCGCCCCGACACGUGUCUUCGCAGCCGAAGCGGGCAGCCAUUCCAUUGGAUCGGGUUCCUCUGAUUUCCGCGGCGCUUCGCCCUCUAGAAAGAAACGCGGAGCCUCUCCAGCCUCUCGCCUUUCCGCGCAGAAGCCCCAGAUGGAGACCGCACGGGUACCCGCGGGAUCCCCCCCGGCCUGCCGCGAAGCCCGGAGAUCCAGGAAGACCCUGGGCUUCCUGGCCGUCGGGCCCAAGACCCUUUUCCCGGACGGCGACGGAGCCGCCGCGAUGUCCCCGGUCACCACCUUGGCGCUGAAUAUGGACAAGCUGACCGGCCUGGGCAGUGAUUGUGACACACCCAAGAGAAGGAAGCGGUUGGGCCUUGACUUCAAGAAAGAGUGGUCCUCGCAGGAUUCCGUCUCCUCCGAGUCCUCGCAGGAAUCGGGAGAUUCAGGCAUGGGCCCGGAUUCCCCAAUGGAGCCAGAGCUGGAGAUCUUGGAAGAUGUGUUUGAGAGGAACAUGUUCGGGUCUCAAAGAGUCUUCAGAAAUGAUUAUCUUCCCAUCAGAAGAAUCCAAUCUUUGCCGGUGCAGUUUCUGGGCUCAAGUCCCACGCUGAGGAACAUUUCCAACUGCAAGGAAUUCAACAGCCCAGCGGCGGCCGAGACAGACUCUGGCCUCCAAGGCAAUGGGGAAAAUGAAGGCGCCAUCUUCAAGAAGCCCCUGCGACCCGCGGGCAGGUUGUGCCUCUCCGGUGGUGGGGCUGGCAAGAAAGACCCCUUUGCACAGAGGCCAAACUCUGCUCCAGACCUCAUGUAUUCGAGCCCAGAGAAAGAGAACAGGAGCCCAGGGUCUGAUAGCCAUGUCUACCUCCGCCGCUCGUCCUUGACCUCCUUCAUGGUUGAUGAAGAUAAUGAUGAUGAUGGGUUUUUGGAAAUCCUGGAUGAAGAAGACCUGAAGGGCGAUGGAAAUUUCCCGUUGGGUAUGGAGAACUUGCUAAUGGCCCCUCUGGUGAGGAAGGAAGAUGAAUCCAGCCUGCAGAGCCCCCUGGGAACCGGCAAAUGCCGCCGUCUUUUCCGCUCCCCGUCCAUGCCCAGCGCUGUCAUCCGGCCCAUCCUGAAGCGGCUGGACCGGCCCCAGGACAAAGAGACGCCGGUGAAAAACAAAAGGCGGAAGAGUCUGGCUGGCGGCGCCAUCGAAGAGAAGGAAGAGGAACCGAAACCUCGGCUGGUUCGCUCUCGCUCCUGCUGCCCUAGCGAGAUCGCAAACAUAUUGGACAACGACCAUCGGGAGCUCAUUGGAGACUUCUCGAAGGCUUACGUUUUGCAAACGGUGGAAGGGAAGCACCAGGACCUCAAGUACAUCUCUCCAGAAAUGAUGGCGGCUGUGCUAACGGGCCAAUUCAGCAACCUCAUUGAGAACUGUGUGAUUGUGGACUGCAGAUACCCCUAUGAAUACGAAGGAGGCCACAUCAAGGGCGCUGUGAACCUUCCUCUGGAAAAGGAUGUGGAAGAGUUCCUUCUCAAGAAGCCCAUUGUGCCAUGUGACCCGGCAAAGAGGGUGAUCGUUGUUUUCCACUGCGAGUUCUCCUCCGAGAGAGGGCCCAGAACGUGCCGUUUUGUCAGGGAAAAAGACCGUGCUAGCAACGAUUACCCUUCUCUGCACUAUCCUGAACUGUACGUCUUGAAAGGAGGCUAUAAAGAAUUCUUCCCGCAAUAUCAAAUGCACUGUGAACCCCAGAACUACCGCCCGAUGCACCACAAAGACUUCAAAGAAGACCUUCGCAAUUUUCGCCUCAAGAGCCGCACUUGGGCUGGGGAGAAAAGCAAGCGAGAGCUAUACAGCCGCCUCAAGAACUUCUAAGGCGGGGAGGGAGUGGUUGGGAAGGGGGGGAUAUUUGGGGAGAGGGACUGCUGCUGUGGGAAUUAAGGAGCCAGCCGUUUUUUCCUCACACGCUUAAUUCAGGGUGGACUUGUGCAGCGCGGGAAAAACAAUCAACAUUUCUUUUCCCCCCACCGACUGCUCAUUUGGAGACUUCAGAUUCUGGGAUUUGCUUUUUGGGGAGGGUGGGGGAAGUUGCAACUGCUUGUUUAAACAGCAACUCCAGCAAUAGCGAUACCUCUGGGUCCAGCGGGCUGGAACCUGCCUCACAUGCUGUGAAUCUCCCUCUGCCGGCUUGGGUCUUUUUCUCUCUCUCCGACCCCGGAGAUGUGCUUCCAUCGCCAGCUUCUGAACCUUUUCUCCGGGAGAACUUGGGGGAGAAUCUCCUGCACCCUCUGGCUUGUGACGCCGCCUCCCUUCAAGAGGGGGGGGGGAACUAGGCAGCUAUUGGGAAACGUCCACUAUAGGGGCAACGAGGAAUCUUGCCCCACAAACUGCAUAGGAAGCGAGAUCGAGGUUGUGCAUGGUGUGUUGUGCAUGAGCCCCAUCGAAGGGCCUGUCCGCUUGGAGGCGAAGAUUUCGGAGGCCAAAACACGCCCUGGAAGCAAGUAUUUUCCUCUCUUCUACCCCAGGACUACCAUUGAAAAGAAACGCAGUAAGCCAGUCUGUGCUCCUGGCUGGGGAAUCUGCCUCCCAUCUCUGGUUCUUCCACCCCAAAGUGUGGGCGCAAAGGUUUAUCAGCUCUGUCCAUAACGAAAGCUUCUUUCCAGUUGCACACUGCAAAGGACCGGGGGGGCAGAUGUGGGGAGAAAGCACUUCGAAGGAACUCUUAGUUUGCAAAAGAUUCCCACGUUCUGUGUUUUUGCAAGGUUGAAAUCGGAAAGUAGAACGACUUGCUGUUGGUUUUUUUUAAUGAAGUUGUGGGGUGUAUCACUCCUAUCAGACUCUUCUUAACCCCUUUUAUGUUUAAUUCAGAUACAGAAGAAUUGUAGAUUUUGCGUGUGUUUUUUAAAAAAAUUGGGGAGUGCUUUUAAUUUUUUGUUUUUACCGCAAACCCAUUCUACCAGUCCUCUUUGUUUCCACCGCGUGUGGCAGAUGCACGGAAAACAGAGAUGUACCUUUUAAAUUUGGAUGCAGUUUAUUUAUAGUGAGCCCAGGAUGCUGGGCAGAGAUGUCACAGAAGUUCUGAGCGGAAGGGAAACAUUUUGAAGAAAAAAAUUCUGCAUUUUAGUAUUUGGGGACUGUCCUCUAUGAAAAGCCCCCCCCCCCAAAAAAAACUGUCAGUAUCUGGGUGACAAGCAGUCUAAUGGGCUUCAGUAUUAGGAAUUUUAGCAGUACUUGGCACUUGGAACCAUCUCCCUGCCCUGGAAACCCAACCCUAGAGCUCUGAAGAAACGUCCUGAAGAAACUAUUUUUAGGUUUAGGGAGGGGAAGAGUCCUGCACCCAAAUGCUGCACGUUUCCGUCUAGAGAAAAAGGACUUUCCGUUAACUGAUUUGUAGCGUGAGAGGCCAGGCCUUUGCUCACUGGUCAGGCUUAGAUCUGUGGCGUUUUGUGUGUGCCACCAAAUUGUUGGAGACUCUAGACUUCGAACUGUUUACUGCCCGUUGCUGGCUUCCACCUUGUGUACGUGCAUUUUGCACUUGUCUCUUAAUAAACCACCUCCACAUCACUGUGAUAAACCCUGCAGCCAUUGCUAACCAGAUGCCUUGGGACUACAACACCCAUCAUGCACCUUGUCUGGCUGGGGCUGAUGGGCAAUGUAUUCCCAAGCGCCUGGAAUGGCGCGCGGUUACACUGCCAUUGUUGACCGACCUAAUUCUGGACGCGGCUCGGACCCGGUUGCUGUGUCUCCCGCGUCUUCACGGUGGCGCUUAAUCUCCGCAAGUUAGGAGCCAUCGCUUCUACUGUGAAUCCUGCAUCCCUGACUCAUCUCCUGGGUUACAGGGAACCGGGGAAUUGGGGCCCUCCACCUCGCGCUUGAAGUUCCCACGGAGACCCUGCUCUGAUGUAGAGGAAAGGCCCUAUUUGUGUGUGUAUAUAUAUAUCUAUUUAUGCUCAUGGUUCAUGAUCCUGAAGCCCACACUUGGGUGUUCUCUGCGUCAGGGUGACCAUCUGUGAAACUCUUGAAUCCGGUUUGCCAGUGUGUAUUAAACUUGUGUUUUCACCUGAGGGGGGAGAGGGGCUCCCGGAUAUUGCAAGAAUGAUGAUUGUUUGCUUUGUACACCCAGUGUGUGCUCUAUGCACCCCUUGGACAUUUCUUCCAUUGGAAAAAGGAAAAACACUCUUUUUGUUCCUUCGCCCCACCCCUAAUGCUGUCGUGUGUAAUCAGGGAGUGAAUAAACUGCGAAGCUGUUUCAGAAAAA